AUGGCGUAUCCCUCUUGUGCAUUAGACAUACGUGAUACGAUAUCGAUAGACCAAGUUAUGACAAAGCAUGGCCUCGGGCCUAACGGCGCACUCGUUCACUCAUUUGAGAGUAUGUAUGAAAAUACCUUGAAAGCGUUUGCCAAAGCGAUCGAAGAUUUGAGUUCAUCUGGUAAUUAUCUCAUAUUCGAUUGUCCCGGGCAAGUUGAGCUUUUCACUCAUGAGAAAUCAUUUCACCGAAUCUUUGAUGUGCUUACUUCGAAAUACGAUGCACGACUAUGCGUUGUUUCCUUGGUAGACUCCGUCUAUUUGACCAAUGCUACACAGUAUAUUUCCAUUACAUUGUUGACUUUAAGAUCAAUGUUGCAGCUCGGAUUGCCGCAAGUUAAUGUAAUUUCGAAGAUAGACAAGUUAAAGGAGUACGGAAUCCUUCCUAUGCCUCUUGAUUAUUACACUGCGGCUGAAGACCUUCAAUGUCUUGAUCAGCAAAUUCAAGAAGAAUCUAGUGGUAAAUUGGGGAAAAACCUAGUCAAACUCACGAAACUUGUUGGCCAUGUCGUUGAAGAUUUUGGCAUAGUGAAUUACGAAGUAUUGUCUGUUGAGGACAAAAGGCUGAUGAUGAAUUUGCUCGAGAAGAUUGAUAGGGCUAACGGUUAUAUCUUCGGAACGAAUGAGCUAAGUGGGGAUUCUCUUUGGCGUCAAGCAGUGUUCAACGGACAAAGUUUUCAAGACGAUAAUGUCACUCUUCAAGAACGAUGGAUCGAUCAAAAGAGUUAUUUUGAUGGCGUACAAAGAACUGAGAAUAAAGACCUUCAUUCGACGACCUUGUAA